AUGCUACGUGGGGCUGUCAAGCCCCUUGUACGACAGUUUGCUCGCUCUCACUUUACGCUCCGACUGCCAGCCUAUAUGCAUGCUCGAGAAAAGUAUGGCGACUGGUCGCGCAAUCAGCUGCUGCGGCGCAUAGCCCAGCUGGAAGGACGCGCCGAAUCUUUGGGGGUGGAUGUGCCGCCACCUGAGUCGAGCCCGUCAGCGUCAGAUGCGCCGCCCUCCUCCAAAAAGCCGCCGAGACCCUAUGAUGUGUCCGCACAGCCGUGCAGGAAGGUGGCGCUGCGAUUCUGCUACGAUGGUGGCUCGUACUCUGGCCUGGCUGCGCAGGUGGGCCAAAUGACGCCUCUUCCCACGGUCGAAGAAACGAUCUGGGAAGCCCUGUGCACGGCCCGCCUCGUUGAUGCUACCAAGAGCAUGGAGGAAGCGGAUUGGAGUCGGUGUGGUCGUACGGAUGCAGGUGUGAGUGCGGCGGGCCAGGUCGUCGCGCUGUGGAUUCGCAGCCGGUGUGUGGACGAGCGUCCAUGGCGGUACAAGACGGGCGAUGAGCCGAUCGUUCUAACCGAUGCAAGCGAGGAGGAGCUGCCGUAUGUCGCGACGCUGAAUCGUCUGCUUCCUCCGACGAUCCGGAUCCAAGCGUGGUCGCCGGUGCGCCCGUCUUUUUCAGCGCGCUUUGAUUGCGUCUACCGCCACUACAAGUACUUUUUCACGCUUGGCGCCCCGCACACGCUGACGUGGCAGCCGGAAUCACCGUCGCAGUUUGUGGGCCGCCUUGACAUUGAGCGCAUGCGUGAUGCUGCCGCGCGUCUCGUGGGUGAGCAUGAUUUCCGCAACAUGUGCAAGGUGGAUGCCUCCAAGCAAAUCACCAAUUUCCGGCGCCGCAUUGAUGGUGCCACCAUCGACUAUGUCUCUCAUGGCUGGUCCGACAGCGAGAUACCUGAGCCUAUACCCUACCGCACGGAUGAGCCCAUCUACGUAUUGAAUUUGCGCGGAUCGGCCUUUUUGUACCACCAAGUCCGGCACAUCAUGGCUGUGUUGUUCCUGGUGGGUGCGCGUUUAGAGGAGCCAUCGAUCAUCGAUGAGCUCGUGAACGUGGAAACGGGCGCAGCGGCGGCUGAUCGCGUCCACGCGCGGCAGUGGCUCACGAGUGUCGAGCAGGAAGAUGCCGCUACGCCGGACAAGAUGCGCAUGGCGUCGCUUGCCAUGCCGCACGACGACAUGCCCACGGUCGAGACGAGGCCUACCUACGAAAUGGCGGCCGAUCGCCCCCUGAUGCUGUGGGACUGUGGCUUCCGCCCUGAGCAGGUAUCGUGGCGCGCCAGUACCUAUGCAGGCCCGUUGCCUGCGUCGGCGACGUGCAUGGAUUAUACGCCCAGUGUUCGUGCGCUGAGUCAAUUGCAUGCGCUCUGGACCCGCGAGGCCAUUCAUACCGAACUGACGCGGCACCUUGUCCUGGCCAGCAGCACAGGGCACGGCACGCAGCUGCCUGCGAGCACAUCAUUUGCCCGCGCUCGCACGCCGCUGGUACCUGCAUCCGCGGACAUGAACGAGGCUACGGGUCGCGCGCAUCUCGUGCCGCUCGGCAACGGCGUCGUCCGUCCCACGACGCGGUACAAGCCGCUCCUCUCUCGACCUCGCGACGUCUCUGCCGAGGCCAAAAACCAAAAAUGGCGCGAAGGCAAAGGCCGUCGUCGAGCGGAGCGACGUGCGCCUCAUAGCGAUCCUAUCUGA